ACGGUCCGCCGUGCAGUUAUGAGCACCAUGCUACCUUUUCCUGUGCGUGCGUGCGUGCGUGUGACUACGAGCGCGGAUACGCUCGCGACGUAACACGCUCAGGAGCCGUCAACGUGUUUACCUGAACGGUGAGGAGACAACGGAGCGAGCCAAUGUCCUCCUUUACCGUUCAUCACCCUCCUCGCGUGUCCAGUGCCGUGAUUGCCCAGACGGUGGAAGGGAAUCGGUGUGUGAAACGGUAUCUGCCCGAGCGAAGCACGAGAGAGGCGCCCAGCGCACGCUACGGCAAAUGGCAACUUCUGCAGUGAGGAGUUUGAGCAGUGUGCCGGAGGCGACCUCAGAUUCAGACGAUGAAGACAAACUGCACAUUGUAGAGGAGGACAGUAUUGCUGACAAUCCGGACCAAAAGUCCUCAGUAUUUCAGCUCAAAGCAGCACGGCAGCUCUCUGACACAUGCACACAGGACGAUGGCAGCCUGGGGCCAGAUGCUUUAAUACAAGAAAUAAGGGUCAAAGAGGAGUGUGUCACUGAUGAGGAAGAUGGUGCUGACGAUGAAGUGGCCGGUGAGGAAAAGCAGACGGAAACCGAGCAUAUUUACUCAGACGGCCCAGAGGAACAUCCGAGAACGCCAGAGCGAGGGGUUCACGAUGAGAACGGUACUCCUGACACAUUCUCGCAGCUGCACACCUGUCCGCACUGUUCCCGCGGUUACAAGCGUCACACGUCGCUGAAGGACCACAUUAAACUGCGCCAUGAAAAGAACGAGGACAACUACUGCUGCUCCCUCUGUAGCUACACCUUCACCUACCGCACGCAGCUCGUCCGUCACAUGACCUCACACAGACACAUCCGGGAGCAGCGGACUAUUUCUCAGUCAGGCGGAAACAGGAAGUUCAAGUGUACAGAAUGCUCCAAGGCCUUCAAAUACAAACAUCACCUGAAGGAGCACCUACGCAUACACAGCGGUGAGAAGCCGUAUGAGUGCUCUAACUGUCGGAAGCGUUUCUCACACUCGGGGUCCUACAGCUCUCACAUUAGCAGUAAGAAGUGUGCGAGCGUGACCCCUGCGGUCAACGGCCUGCCUCGCACACCUGGAGUGAAAACGGCUCUUACCGUUUCUCACCCUACACAUAUCCUUCUGAGGGAGAAGGUGGACAUUACCAACAAACCUCUGCAAGAGCAACUCCCCCUGAAACAGAUCAAACAGGAGCCUAUCGAACAGCCACCCAAACCUGCACCAGCAACACCCACAAUAGCCUCCACCACUACCAAUGGAGUCCCGGCUCCACCAGGCAUCAUCCAGACGUUGGUCCUGCCCACUGUCGGGCUUGUCCAGCCAAUCAGUAUUAACUUAAGUGACUUACAAAAUGCGCUGAACGCAGCGAUGGAUGGUAAUGUCAUCAGACAGGUGUUGACUAGCACCAAUGGAAAUGGAACGAGUGCUAAAAUCGUAGGUCAAGUGUCAGCGCAGCCGCAAGCCAUCAUGGUGCAGCAGCAGCCGCAGCAAACGCAGCCGCAGGUGAUCUCCGCCAUCUCUUUGCCAGUUGUGGGACAAGACGGAAAUGCCAAAAUUAUCAUCAAUUACAACCCCCAGCUGGACUCACAACUCAAAGCAGUAAAAGUGAACACAACGCAGCCCACAGUGACACAAACCAGUACAACACAGGCAAAAUCGACCAAUGUUGCACAGCCAAACGUGGUGCAGCUUCAGUCGGUACAGUCCAACUCGACUGAAACACAAACAUCAGGGACACCUAAACCUACACAGGUAAACAUCAUUAAACCAGUCCAAACCGGAAACUUCAGCAAAACGCCGUCUAUCAUCAAGAUAACGCCUGCGCAGGCCGCCAGGUUGGUUCAAGCUCGGGCCGCACAACCAAAGCUCACCCAGCAAACUUUACUGCUGGUGAGAAGGGCUGAUGGGACACAGAGCCUCGUUGUUCGACAGAUACCUGUCGCUAGUUCCAACAUGCAGAGCACUGAGACUAAAUCAACUCCAGAGAAGACUACAAACACUCCAACAGCAGAGAAGGAGACAACUGAAAAUACAGAUUCGAUGGAUAGAUGUGAAAAACAAAACCUGACCGCACCACCAAAAAUCAUAAUCAAAACCGAACCGGCCUCUCCGGCCGAGAUCAAGGCCGAAAUACAGAGUGAAGAUGAGAACGAGAUGCAAACAGAUGAAAAUAAAGGAGGGAAACAAACAACGAGGACAACUGAGGCAGUGGCACACUCCGGAACGGCUCACAGCGGCGUCACCUGUGGAGAUAACUUCCAUAACUACGCGGCGUGUCUGCUUUGCGACAGCUCCUCGAGUAAACGUAAGCCUUCAGACUGUGAAGACAGUGACGCCAAAGGGUCGCCCACAACUAUAUCUCUCACCUCUCUACUGGAUAAGGAUAAGAGCGGAGCAGCGGAACGCCUCCUUCCUCUUCUGAAGGCCUACAGUCAGAACCAAGAUCCUAGCGAGGAGCAGCUGUCUCAGGUGGCCAAGACAGUCAAGUUACCUCUCGAGGCGGUCAGCAAGUGGUACCAGAAGAUGCGCUCCAAGAAGAUAUUGCUCAAGACUGCAGGCAACCUGAAAAACAAUCAAGAGAAAACUACACCACCUGCUGCACCUGAAGGAACGAGCUCCACCCAAGCCCCCUGCACUCCCACACAACCCCCUGAUGACACCUCAGCAGACACCCAAAGUGAAAGCGCCACUUCACCCGCCUCCCCUCCAGCCGGUGUCUCCACCAAUGAUCUCAUCAUUGUCAAGACAGAAGACGUAGAGGAGGAGCUGCAGUGUGAGCCUCUGGAUCUCUCGCUCCCUAAGUCCAGCUCCGCUCAAGACAGCACCACCACUAAGCUGCCGGUCUCCACCCAAAAGGAACCGCUCAACCUCACCUGCCUUAAGAAGCAACUGUUGCCAGGGAACACCAUCUAUGUGACGCAGGCUGGCACGGGUCCAUUAAACAUUGUGACCGCGUCACUGCCAACCCUGGUUGCUAUCGCAGAGCCAGGUGGUAUUCCGUGCAUCAGCACAGCAAUAUCCGGUAACAAACGAACCAUUCUCAUCCCCCAGCUCACCUACACCUACACCACCAACCCCAGCGUCACAACACCCGACAAAUCUUUGACAGACACGAAUGGGAAGGUGAUACUCAACAACUGUCCGAAGGUGGCGGACGCGGCUUCAGACUGUGUGUCAGAGGACCAGAAUGAUGAAGAGUCAUCUCUAAUGAAGAAGAAAAGGAAGACUGUCGGUGGCCUGUACGCCUGCGAUCUGUGUGACAAAAUCUUCCAGAAGAGCAGCUCACUGCUGCGACACAAGUAUGAACACACAGGUAAGAGACCUCACGAGUGCGGCAUCUGUAACAAAGCUUUCAAACACAAGCACCACCUGAUCGAGCACACCCGACUACACUCCGGAGAGAAGCCCUACCAGUGUGACAAGUGCGGGAAGCGCUUCUCUCACUCGGGCUCUUAUUCUCAGCACAUGAACCACAGAUACUCCUACUGCAAGAGAGACACUCAUGAGCUGCCGGAGCAGGUCAGCACCUCCACUCCUCCCUCUCAACUCGACUCGGACGAGAGAGAGAGCGACGGAGAGGAGGAAGAGGAUUUGACCGCUCUGGACAUGAGCGAUAUCAGAGUGGUGCGAGUGGGAGAGGAUUACGAAGAUGAGGAGGAGAGUGGCGGAGAGGAAGAGCAGGACCGAGGUCGUGAGGAGCAAGAGACUGAGGAAGGAGGAAUGGUGAUGGAAUUGGAGAUCGGAGAUGCUGACACUUUGGAGGAGGAAACUGUGGAAGCGGAAGAUGUUAUGGAGACAGAGGAGUCAAAGGAGGAGGACACAGUUCUCACAAAUAAUGAAGAAAACACAGAGAUGGCAACCGAGGACUGAAGGAUGAACGCUCUUUUUACAGUCACUCAUGUGAGACUAAUGAAAGAGGCGAUGAGCUUGUCAUCGUAAACGUACAGUCGUCGGUUGCAACGGAAACUGUCUCAGUUCUUUACCCUGUAUAAAACCCAGGUGUGCCUGAUUUACAAAACAAUAUUUCCUUGUUUUUUUAAGAAGGAGAAACAGACACUCCAACUCAACUAGACUUCGCAGGACUUUAAAGUUUCAGUUGUUUGGCUUCGUUCCGUUACUGAACCGCCCCCGGUAUCUCGAUUUAUCAGUAUUCACGUGUUUUUGUUGCUCUGUACAGUCAGAUUUCUAUACUUUUAUAUUUGCCAAUGAAGUUUACGAAAAUCAGUAUUUUCAAGUUUUGAGAAACAAAACUAAAUUCUGCACUGCAGGUAUAACUGGUUUACUUAUGGGGGGGGGAUUCUCAUGAAAACUGUCAAGAAGGGUCAUAUUUCACUUGAAAAAUCAAAAGAAAAAAAAGAAAAAAUUAUAUUUUGCAUGAAGACAAUGAAGGCUAUUUUUAAGACCAUCACAUACAUUUUUAAAUACUUUAAAACAGUUGUAAAUAAACAUUGAUUUUAAUUUAUGCCAUAAAGUUUAAUUCAUGCUGAAAAAAAUAAGCAACUUUUUGUGUCCGGACAGAAUGGUUUUCAUUACUGGAUUACAGUAUUUUUAAUAACAUCACAGUAAUGGAAACUGAUUAAUAUGCUUAAUUGUCCAAAUCCAAUGAAAAAUGCACGUAUUUUAUAUUUGGCUAUUUUCUUGAUGCAAAAUAUAAUUUUUAUCUUGAUUUUUUGGGGGCUGAAAUAUGACCUGGACAUUUCUUUGUGUAAUUAACCACAGAUACUUAAUGCCUCAAGUUUAAGAUACCAUUGAGUAUUUUUGUCAUGUUAAUCAGGCAAGCCGUUGUUUGCAUUGCCUCGUUUUCCCAUCUGAUUGUUUAUCUGCCUAAUGAAGGAAAUUAAAUUGCACUUCACUAUUAAUAGCUCAUUUACAAAAAAAAAAUAAGAACAUUUUAUUAUGGAAAUAUUCAUAGGAAUGUUUAUUUGUAUUUUAAAACUGGUCACUUGUAAUGAAAUACUCAACUGAAUAAUUAUUCAAAUCAGAUUUGAAUUCGAUUUAAAAAAAGAUGUUUUGUAAUAAGCACUCCAAAAUAUUUGUAACUGUAAAAAAAAAAGAAAAAAGGAAAGUUUUUAAAACAUACUUUUUACGAUCAUGACACCAUAUGAAAACAAAAAACUUCAGGAAAAAAAGAAAAAAGUGUCAACCUCAAAGGCAGUUUGACCUGUUGAUUCAUUCAUCUUCACAUGGCUUUAUGUUGUAAUGUGUCAGUCUGUGUUCAUAGGAGAUGCUCUGCACACCCACAGCCUUAUGCAAGACCGCCAAGCUGUAAGUGCCAUUCACAAACAUUAACAGUUCUCCACAGUCACACCGGACAAUCUAGACUUCAGUCAACUAAAGAUAUGACAGUUUUACAGAAAUAUUUAAGUUUGUAACACUGCCCUCAGUCAAUCAAAUGGCACACUUGUCAAGCUGUUAUAGCUCAUGCUGGUUUUCAGUGUUUAGAAAAGUUUUUUCUCUCUCUUAGCCCACUUUGGUAUUGCCUGAAAAAAGAAAAUACAACAUAUGUAGCCAAACAUAUGUAGAAUAACCUUAAACAACUAGACAAACCAAGUAGUAAUGAAUACAAACCAAUUAGAAGCAGGUUAAGGAUUAUUUGCUGAACAAUUAUAAAAGAAAUAUACUUGAAAGAAAUGUAUGAAUCAUAGGAUUGUAUUGGAGAGCACAACCUAUAAUCAUCAGCAGAUGUUCUCUUUAGACUUCCACCAUGCACAGCCCAAUAGAGGAAACAAAACCUAGCAUCCCGAAGUCAUGCAGAAAGCAAAUGUAAUAUGACUGUGAAGUGCACAGAGAAAGCAGCACUUUGAAAGAGGCGCAUAGGAUUAAAAAUGUUUAAGUUGAUUGUGUCUGAGCAGACCUUAUAGUAUUAUUAAUUUCAAUGUAUUUCGAAAUGUUUAUUCCUUUUUGUGUUUAUGCAUGUGUAUAUUGUGUAAUACCAUCAGUAUUAUUGUCAUCGACAAAUGUUUCAUUUGUAGAACCUUUUUAUAUACGUAUUAUUUUUGUAUUCCUUUAUUUAUUGCGUGUGUAAUACAUACACAACACUGUAGUUUAACACAAUGUAUUUUACAAUUAAUCUCAGUGCCACGAUGGAAGUUAAACCCUGAUAUACAGUAUAUAAAGCCGAACUUAACAGUAUUAGUGUUAACAUUUUUUAACUCUACCACAGAAAGUCAAUCAGGCAGAUAUUUGCACCCAUUGCUUCAGUUUUCCAACAGCUUCACAGUAAUUGUAAAUGACCCUUAAACCUGUGAUAAAGAGCAUGGAUCCAUGUUGUUGUACUGGUGUUGAAAUAGCCAUUUUAAAACCAAAAGUUGUUGUUUUUUAUUUGUGCCAACUUUGCAUUGUGUGUGUGUAAAUGUCACAUUUUCCAUGAGGUGAUAAAUAGGAUUUUUUCUUCUUUUGUUUCCUUUUUUUGAUGCCACCCCAUAAAAUAAAAUGAAGUGAAGCACCA